AUAUGAAAUAUAUUUCCACUUAAAACUCAACGAAUAGAACUGUCAACACAAGUGCCACACUCGAAAGUGCAGAUGCUUGCACUUCUCGGAGUGCCAAAUAAUACAUGUUUAACUGCGUUACGAAGCAAAGGUGAAAAAGGGGCCUUCAGGAUAUUAUUUUAAAAGAGGAUGUGUUGCUUUUGAGUUACAACAAAGACGAAAAACAACGAUGACGAAGAUACAUGUACAGAUAUUCAUUCUACACCUAUGUGUGGCAUUUACAUUCUGUGGGCGAUUCGAGCAGGUAGAAAAUAGGUUAAAGGCAAUUCAAACACUUUUGUUUCAGGACAUACAAAGUGUAAUAGAAGGCGUAGAUAAGAACUCUCAGAAAAUCGAAAAUCUACAAGAAAGUGUAGAUAAAAACACUUUAAAGAUGGACAGUCUACAAGAAAGUGUGGAUAAGAACUCUUUGAAAAUCGAACGUCUACAAGAAAGUGUUGAUAAAAACACUUUGAUGAUGGACAGUCUGACUGAACUUAUCAAUAAAACAUUAUCAUUGGUUACACAUACUACGGCACCAAUAACAAAAUCUAAAUACGAUGUUGAAACUCACAAGAAAAUUGAAAACAAUCAAGAACACAACUCUACGCCUGCAAAUUUGGAUGUAAAAAGACUUUUUUAGGAGCAUAAAAUGUACUCGUUAUCAUUGCAAAUAAACAUGUUGGCCCAGUUAGAAAAGACUUUUCAAGACAACAAAGGUGCUUUUCAAAAUAUUUCUGAAAAUCUUGUUAACUUUAAAUCUCAAAUGAAAAAUGAGUUAGAUGAUAUGCGAUCGCACAUUGACAAUAUAGCUGGUGAAACCCGACGAUCGUGUAAAUGUAGCACCGGCAAGUUUAUCGUCUGCAGAAUGUAAUAGCAUUCUCGCGAAGACCGGGGAAAUAUUAAGAGAAGU